AUGUCAGGCUACCAAAAAGUUGGAUUUCAGACGCUAGACGGCAUUACUCUGCGAGGUUGUCUCUAUCUUGCAUCAGGCGACCGGACGCCUGCAGUUAUCUUAACAUCACCAUAUUUCUUCGUCCAAGACUUCAUGCUGCCCGAGAUCGCGGCGUACUUUGCACAGCAGGGCAUCACAGCACUGAUCUACGACACGUGCAGUUUCGGUGAAAGUGACGGGCAGCCUCGCUGUGAGCUGGACCUGAUCAAACAGGUUGAGGACUAUAGUGAUGCACUAUCUUUCCUCGCUUCAUAUGCGUCCAUCGACCCAUCACGGAUCGGAUUCUGGGGCAUCUCGUUCAGCGGGACAGUAGCAUUCGAUGCAGCGGCACUAGACCAGCGCUCCCGAUUCGUCAUCAGUGUCGGUCCCAUUGUCGAGCCCUCGGGUGAAAAUCCGAAACCCCCAUUCUAUGUCCAGGCAGUGGCAUCGGAUGGGACCAACCCGAUGGGUUUCGGUCCGAUAUUGGGAGCAGAAGCUUAUGAAUUGGUGGAGCGGGUCACGGCGAGUGGGAUGGCGCCAACUUGUUCCAAGGAUAUUACACUGCAGAGUUUCGCGAAGAUGCUGAAGUGGCAUCCGUUACAGGACGUCAAGUGGUUGGGGAAUGCGCCGAUGAUGCUGCUGGUGUCGGGAGAUGAUACUGUCACCCCCCCGGAGGAUCAGCGGUGGUUGUUUUACAUGAUUAGCGGUCCGAAGAGGAUGGAGAUUGCUCCAGGGAAGUCAUUUCAAUGUGCUGGCUAG